AUGUCCAGUGAUAAAGAACAUCAAGGAGCUUAUGAUGACAUUGUAUCUUGUUUGACAAUCAAUGAUGAUGUAUGGUAUCUUGAUCAUAAAAUUGGAACUGAGAAAAUCAAGAAUUACAUGAAGACAAUAUGUUUCAAUGCUGUGAUGACAAUCUCUGGUCAUAAAAGUCUCAAGGGUGUGAGAUCAUAUAUUGCACCCACUAUAUAUCAAAAAGCUGGUAAAAUAAGCAAUGUUCUUCAAAUGGCUUUAACACCACCACAAGAGUCAUCAACUUCAAAUAAAACAUCUCAAAAAAAUACAGAUGUAAGUCAUUUUAAAUCUUCUAAAAAUUAA